ACAUGUACGUAGUGAUCUCAAGGAACACUGCUGCAGUGCGGAACAAGUAUGGUCACCAUCGUCAGGUUAGCAACACGAUGACUGCCGUGCGCAUGCUCAAAUUGUUCCUCGCCUGCUUAGCCGCUGUGUGUGGUGCAGCGAUGUUAUACUCACUAUGGAUCAGGGAAAACAGCCAAAAAGGUGGUGUCAUCUUACGACUGGACCGAUUAACGAGCAAACCACUUUACAAAUCUACUGCAAGUUACUCAUCAGAAGUCCAGCCAAUUCAGCGAUUGGGUGAGACAAACGUUAGUGGCAUUACUGUGAAAGUUUCCAUGGACGAUAUGACGAGAGAUGUAAAUGCCGAGAAACAACUCCGGGUCAGUUCUUCGAUUCGUCACACCAGUGAUUUUCCAGAGGCGGGGAGGCCACUGAUCGACCUGGACCGGCAGGACGUGGACUCGGACGAGCUGUUCCAAAGGCUGGUUGUAGUGACGGCCUUCUCGGAGAAUCACCGCCUGGAGGUGAUGGGGAUGAUCGGCACGGUACAGAGCCGCAUGCCCGCUACCAGGAUCAUCGCCUACGAUCUGGGCAUCGAGUCGAAGAAUUUACCCCAAGUGAGGAAGUUGUGUAACAUCGAGAUUCGGCCCUUCAAGUUCGACAGGUACCCGCCUCACGUGUCGGUGCUCGUGAAAUACGCCUGGAAAGGUAUCAUUAUAAAGGAAGCCCUGGAUGAAUUUGGCGUCAUUUUCUGGGCGGACGCGUCUGUCAGGUUCCUGGACUCCUUGCGAACAUUGCUGCCGUUGGCCAAGGGACAUCACGGCUAUUUUUCAAGAAUUCACAGCUACUCCCCCUUGAGCAACACAUCUCUUUCCCUGCCUGUCGUCCACAAUUUCUACCUUACCGAUCCACGGGUGUUCGCCCAUUUUGGUAUCGAAAGAAAAGAGUACGCGCGUUCCCCCAACACGCCCCACGUUGCCGCCAAUCGGCAGCUCAUCAUCAACAGCACCACCGUCCAAGAAAAGGUGGUCCGACCCCUCUACGCAUGCGCGAUGAACGAGACUUGCAUCAGUCCCCCCGGCACUUCUCGCAGGAAUCACAUGUUCGACGCCUCGGCGCUGAUGCUGAUCUUUUACAAGUACUGGCCCGAGGAGUUUAAUCGGGGGAACGACCACGUUUCCGAUAUGGAUAAAGUCACGGCGAUGCACCGACAAUCUGACGAUUGGAGCAGAGCCCAAUUCUGUGAGCUCAAAGAUGGCGUCCGACCACACCGUUGAGAAAAUACAAACACUUCCUCAGUCGCGACUCCAUGGGUGCGUGCGCGUACCUUCACUAAGAUCGCGCAAGGCAUGAUGGGAAGCAACAUGGCGCAGCAAUAUCGUACCCAUGGAAACGAGGAUGCUACUUCUUUCAUUGGAUUCAGAGCUAGCCAUCCUCGGUACGGCAACAGAGCUGCAGUCAAGUCCAUCACAGGCCUUUCACAAGUCAAAUCUGAAGUUAUCACAAGUCAAACUCCUAAGUAAGAUCACAAGUGACACUGUGGAGGAACAUGGAAAGAGGAAUGCCUUUAUCACAGUUUAUAUGGAUAGCUUGUCACGUGACUUGAGAUUGGAUGACUUGUGCUUUAACCAAAGUUCACGUCUUUCAUUGCUGCUAUCUAUCCUACCUCUAAACAUCCCGUGGACAAUUUCAUAGUUCGUGCAUGGAGUUAUAUAGUCUUCCUGGGCAAGACACUUCGCAGUGUUUUACGUCUUGUUCGUCUAAUCCGAGCCCAUCCAAAACAAAAAAUUCAAGUUCACAUUUACUUAAUGAGUAGAAUGAACAAAAGGGCGAUGAGAAUGCAAAAUCAAACCAUCCAAUUUUCUCGCCUUAAAGUUAACUCGGUGAGUGAUUUUGGAAUAAUGGACUUCAUGAUGCAUGAUAGCAUAACUUGACAUCACAUAAACAGCGCCCUAGGGAUGCAGGCCAGUAAAUAGGCCCAAAAUUGCCUACGCCGACCAAAUCACAAAUUUGUAUGUCCGCAGUUAGAGCAUUUUGUGGGCCAUGAACUUGAGGGUUUGUACAAAGAUAAUAAGGUGGAAGCCUUGAUCAGGACUGCGACAUUGUAGUUCUGUGAAAUUAGGAUGAAAUUAGGCCCUAAUUUGCUCUAUUUUGCAAAGGAGCGUUAGGCAUCAUUUUUUUUCAA